AUGAUGAAACGGUUUGAAAACAAGAACUGGAGGGUAUCGACUCUUAUUAAUGUCUGUUCUCAACUCGAACAAUUGACGUUAAAUGAAAAAAAAUCUUUAACGAGUAACGAGAAUUCAAGUGAUGUUGAUAGAAAUUCAAUUUGUCAAUUGUCAACUGAGCUGUGUAAAAGCAUUCAAAAAUAUGCUGAUUCGAUUCUUUAA